AUGUCUACCUCACCUCUUGCUUCUGACUUCAUUGUCAGCCUCCCUUCGGAGGUAUUAUUGACCAUCUUUGGAGCUCAAGAGAGCUUCCGCGACAUGUCUUCGUUGUUCAGAAGUUGCAAAAGCCUCUACGCUCUUUGGCAAACACGAGCCAGUUCGAUCAGCAAGCCCCUACUCGUCCGCCAAACCACUUGCUACGAGGAAGUAGAAGCCUUGAUCAUGGCAAACGAAGCAGCAAAGCUCACUACCAAACCUCGAAACUCUGUCAUCCUGGUGAAUCCACCUCAGGAAGAGAAACUGGGAAUAACCCUCAAUAGAAUUACCCUGAGUCGACAAAUCGCAGGACAAGCAAGAUAUCUAUGCGAAAUCAUUGAGAGCAGGUAUCUCCAACAAAAAUACAACUGCCACGAUGCGAGAUGUCGAGCUCGUCCAUCCACACUUCCACAACAAGAACGAGACGACGUCACCCGAGCACACCAUUUCAUCAAGCUCUACACACUCACAUACGCACACAAAGGACUUGCAGACCUACACGAUAGCUGCAGGACCAAGCUGGAAGCAAUGAGCGAUGCCAACAAACACUUUCUGUUCCAGCUUACGAGGAUCAUGCAUGAUUAUGCCUUGCCUUGGGAUAAGAUGAGACUGGAUCUGUGCUCGUGGUCACUGUGUCCCGUUGUCAAAUCGGAAGACUCUGGAUGUUCUGUUACCUGGGCGGACAAGUUCAAGGCACUUCAGGAGGCUACGCGUGUGCAAGUGAUGACUUGCGGAGACUGUAUCUAUGAUGAUACAGCACGGUUUAGCAGGAUUGGCCAGUAA